GUUUUUUUUUAUAACAAAAUCCCAAACAAAACAAAUAAAAAUAAUGGCGUUUAUGUGCAUUGUGAUCAGCGCGCAAUAGUUUUUAAAAGUUAUUUUUACUAAAUUUGAUAUAUUCGUACUUGAUAAAACUAAAUUGAAUUAGUGUUUGACUUUCUGGGAACGAAGAUGGAGCCGUCUGCUUCUUCUGGUCGUAAAGAUGACUUUCUAAAAAUGCCCAAAACGAUCAAACCUGAGGACAUGACCUCACGGGAAUACUACCUGGACUCGUAUGCCCAUUUUAGUGCACACGAAGAGACUCUGAAGGACGAAGUGCGGACACGCACGUACCGCAAUGCCAUUUAUCACAACAAGCAUCUCUUUAAGGGCAAAACCGUUCUGGAUGUAGGCUGCGGUAUGGGACUUUUGUCACUAUUCGCGGCCCGAGCCGGAGCAGCACGGGUCAUCGCCAUCGACUGUUCGAACAUUAUCGAUCACGCGCGAAACAUUGUAAAUGCGAACCGGUUUGAUCAUGUGAUCACGCUCAUCCGAUCGAAAGUUGAAUCCAUCGAUCAACUGCCCGAUGGAAUUAAAGAAGUGGACAUAAUACUAUCAGAAUGGAUGGGACACUGUCUGUUCCACGAAGCAAUGCUGGAUACAGUCAUUUAUGCGCGAAACAAAUGGCUCAAACGUGAUGGUGGAAUGAUGUUCCCUGAUCGCUGCACUAUGUUUGUGGCUGGUAUCGAGGAACGCCAGUGCAAGGACGAACGUAUCAACUGGUGGGAAGAUGUGUACGGGUUCAACAUGAGUGCCAUCCGCAAGGACGCUAUCACCGAACCGCUGGUGGAUGUGAUCGAUCCUCGCCAAAUUGUGACCAGUUCUUACCUGAUCAAAGAGAUCGACAUGUACACGGUGGUCCGCCAGGACCUAGAUUUUAAAUCGCCCUUUCAUUUGAUUGCCAAGCGGAACGACUUUGUUCAAGCGCUGCUAACGUACUUCAAUGUAGAAUUUACCAAGUGCCAGCAGCGCUUGGGCUUCAGCACAUCGCCGGAGUCGCCGCACACUCACUGGAAGCAAACGAUAUUCUUCCUGGACGAGUACUUAACCGUGAAGAAAGGAGAGGAGAUUUGUGGAACAUUUGCGAUGAAGGCCGCCGGGAGCAAGAAGAAUAUGAACAAGGAGUUGGAGUUUACGAUUGAUGUGAGUUUUGAAGGAGCUCUGGCGCAGGUGAAAGAGAGCAAUCUCUACUUGAUGCGCUAGUGGGGGCCUUGCGAUUGACGAGAGCUGAACGAUGCAUUGGAUCUGAGAUUUGAACAUCGAGUUCUUUGGAGAUACACGGUGAGAAAUAAUACGUAGGAAAUUAUUAAGGAAAAGUACAGUGAUACAAUGGUUGUUUGAAAAAGGCAGGUUUUCAAAAGAUAAUUUAAAUUCUUACUCUUGCUAAACGUUUGAAGAUAUCAAUCAUAGAAUUUCAUGACAAAUGAAUCAAAGUUUGCUGAAAAAUAUACUGUCGCACAUCCUAGAUCUAGCCAUAAGAUCGUCACUCUGCACAACCAACAAUAGACUUAUUUUUCUGCAAUCUUUGUAUACUUUUGUUUUAAUAACAAUAAAAAUAAUUUCAUUUCUUUUAGCUUUU